UAAAACUACCUGCAGCAGCGCAGCGUUCAGCGUUUGCGACACACUGUUGAGGCAAUCUGCCAGUGUGUAGGGCUUUCUGUUUGCUCCAAUGGCGUGUAGAGAAAGUGGGAGCAGUAAGAAUUUAUUUUUUUUAGGACUUUUUUUGGUUGCUAGUUCAUUUUGCCAUUGCACGAGACUGACAAAGCUUAAGGCAUUAGAUAAAUUAAGAGGAAUGCCGAUGCUUAGCCAAGGUAAAGCUAAAGAAAGUGAUUUGUGUCAUGGAAGACUGUUAAUUGGGCAAACUUCUCUGCAAGGUGCUAAACACAAAGGACCUAAGGCCACAAAGACCUUGCUGGAUGUUGAUACUGGUUAUCAAGCAGACAUGGGCUGGGGUGAGUCCAAGCAACCUGGAGGACAGGGUGAUGGCUUUUCAAGGCUGAAGUCAGACAAUGCUGGAGUGCAACGACUCCUUAAAAUGGAACCAAAGGUCGAAUGUACAGGAGACUCAAUGACUCUUCAAGUCAAAGAUGCUACUUCUACCACUGGAUCUCUGAUCUUUGUGGAUAGAGGAAGUCGCUUGUCUCCUCUGCCUCUUUCCAAGUUGCCACCAAGCUGUGGUUACACUAUCAGGUCAACACAGAGAGAGUUGGUCUUAGUUGCACCUUAUGAUGGCUGCUUUGUCACGCUUGAGGAGGACAGCUAUGUUCUCCCAUUGCGUUGGUGGGGAUCACUAGUGAGGAUGUCAUGCCCUUUAAUGAGACCAUCUUCAGUGAACUCACCUAAUCCUCCAAUGGUCACCUGCCAUGCUGAGGGCAUGGUUGUGAAAAUGGAAUGGAAGGUCUCUGUUGCUAAAAUUAAAGUAAAUUUGGCUGGUGACUGGGAGCCACUGAUGAAGGCCUCACCCAGAUGUGGGUUCAGUGUAGUUGUACAUCCUGAAGGUGUGGUCAUCUCUGUUCGUUAUGUACCCUGCCUGGAGAGAGAGGAUGGAAUGUACACCCUUGAACUGGCUGGAGAAGGAGAAACUAAAAUUUCCUGUCCAUCACUGUCACCAGCUCAAUCUGAACAAUUCUAUGAAACACCACCUGACCCUGAUGGUGUCCCUCCUGCACACAGACCUGAACUGAAGCCUUUACCUACUAUAUCGCCAUUAGUUAAAACUACUAAUGGCCAAAGAUGGCAACCUUUUUACCCAUUUCCAUUUCCUCCUCAGCCACUUAAGCCUGAAACUCAACUUACACAGCCACCAGGUAAAUUGGAGGAGGACUUCAAUGUAAAUCUCCCAUAUGGGCCUCUCCAGAAACCUGUAGCAUCAUCUGUAAGCCAGCCUGAGGGUCAAGAACACAAACCCCUUCAUCCAAUUCCAUUUUACCCUCUACCACCAGCAUCAGAGGCUCCCCAAGUAGGACGUCCUUAUCCACUGUAUCCUGAAAACCCUGAGACACUAUUACCUGAACAGCCUUUGCCAUCAAAGCCCCCAGUUUCUGAGGAACCUGCACCCGAGAAGCCAACUGCUGUUCCAAGGCCUCCACAGCCUGAAGCCCCUCAGGGCCAAGUACAGCAGCCCUUCUACCCCUACCCCUUCUACCCUAAGCCUGCACCUGAAAAGCCAACCGCUGUUCCAUGGCCUCCACAGCCUGAAGCCCCUCAGGGCCAAGUACAGCAGCCCUUCUACCCCUUCUACCCUAAGCCUGCACCUGAAAAGCCAACCGCUGUUCCAUGGCCUCCACAGCCUGAAGCCCCUCAGGGCCAAGUACAGCAGCCCUUCUACCCGUACCCCUUCUACCCUCAGCCUGCACCUGAAAAGCCAACUGCUGUUGCAAAGCCUCCACAGCCUGAAGCCCCUCAGGGCCAAGUACAGCAGCUGUUCUACCCCUACCCCUUCUACCCUCAGCCAAAACCUGAAAAUCAGGCUGUGGAAAAACCAGCUAUUCCACAGCCUCCAACUGAAACUCCUAAAAGACAAGUACCUAAACCUCUUAACCCUCAACCAUCCAAUAUACCAUCUCCAUAUGUGCCACCUGUGUACUGCCCUCAGUUUUGCCAAUCUGGACUGUCUAAUUGCUGUCCACAAAUUGCUUUUCAUCAACAGAUACAUAUUUUUCCUGCUGGAUUUGGCAGUAAAGAUGCACCUUCAGUCUACUCAGGACUGCCAUUAUACCCUUCAGUUGCCUACUCUGGGUCUGGCAAUAUUUUAGCUUCUCCCCUUCUUCAAAAGCCAACUGAAGCAAAAACCAUACAAGGUGCCAACUCUGCACCUAUUUCACCUCAUUUCCUUCAAUCUGGAAAUGAAAAGCAGCCACCAGAUGGCAACCCUGCUGCACUGACCAGAAGUAACCCCAGCAAGCCUACACAUCCUGAACAAAUUUACCCUUAUUUGGUACCUAAUUCAUUAUAUCAUCAUUGGCCAUAUCUGCUACAAAAUAAGGUGCUGCAAAAUUUACCACAAAACCUAUCACCAGCUUACUACAAUGUGUCCUCUAAACUUCAAGCUCCAGGUAAUGAACCAGUAAAUCUAGUGCAAUAUGAGCCAUAUAACACACAGCCCCCAAAGCAGCAAAAUGUUCAACUAUCAGCUGGGGACAUGAAUAAUCCCUCUGGGUUUAAUUUCAUGUCUUUGACUGGUCAAUAUCUAAAACAGCAGCAAAGUAAACCCACAGCCAAAGAAACACAGCCAUCUAAUGAAAAAUCCAGUAACUCUAAACAACCAACACAAGUCCAAGGUGAACUUGAUCAUCUUCGGGUCCCUUACUACAUGCUUCAAGAUGCUCAACAACCUACUUAUAACAAGUCGGUUCCUGACAACUCACCACAGCCAUUUGUGAGUGGCUCAAAGAAAUCCACAAAAUAUGAACCGCUAGUGCACGCCUAUCCUGAACCAAAGAGUUACGUGCUACUACAGCAUGGCCCACCAGGUAGGGAGCCAAACAGCUUCAAUGAAUCACCACUGCCUUUCAGAGACCUGGCUCAUGAUGCAAACUUCAUGGCACAAAAUCUUGCAAGGCAUCAAAGUAGUAAACCCCAACAUCCUCAGAAUUUAAAGCCCCCACCGGAGAAACCCCAAGACCCCAAAUGGCUGAUGAAAGGAAUGUCCAAUCCUUUAACCGGUAACUAUAUGCCAAGGCCUGGUGAUAAAUCAGGUUUGCCAUUGUUUUACUCUGCUCCAGAUGACUCUUAUUUUGUGGCUCUGCCCCAGGACCCCUCUCUUAAUGUGGCACAUUUAAGGCCUAAAUUCCAUGAGUUGUUCCAAGACUUCUGGAAGCCCAUGACACCUCUAGGCUCCAGCCAAAGAAUUCCACCUCAUGUUCCUGGAAAUGCAUUUCAACAGAGGAGCUCUGCAGCUGACCACCAAGCAAAUGGACUGAACCAACCUCUUCAGAGAGAAGGUGGAGCUUGGAAGCAGAAAUGAGUUGCCUUUUAAUGUGAAUAAACAAUUGAAACAGA